AGUGAUUCCAUUCAUUCUAAUUUUUCCUCACCUAUCGCCAUCCAUUUUUACUUUGUUUAUUUUACCUACAGUAAUUUCUUCACAUCACUACCUCAUCACUACACUCUACGAGCAUAUCACUAUGUCAACAUUUCCUCUCUUUUGUUUAGGCCCUCAUUAACCCUACACAUCUACCUAAAUCUCAAUUCAUAAACUAUUCACACUUAGCCUAGCCCUUCCUAUCCUUUGUUUUCCUUACAUCAUUAGUGUUAAUUUUAGAUAUUCAUUUCUGUAUAUAAGCAUGUUAAUUUUUAUGUAAGUCAGUUCAGUUCAGAGUUCAGUUACAAUCACACAACGCACUGUCUCUCUCUCUGGCUCCGUGUCCUCUGCACGUAAAAUAAGACACGCUGGGUUGGAAAUGACACGUUAGUCGAUGGAUGGAAUUAUUAGUGAACGAAUCGCACAUAACAAGGCUCAAUUCUCGUUACACUAAAUUACUGGCAGGUUUAGAACCAGACUUGAUGACAAAUGUAAUGCUACUACUUUUUGCCUCAUUUUGAAAUUUUUCCUUGCAUGUGGCAAACAUAAACCAAGAACAAACAAAAGAAAUGAUGGGCCUAAUCAAGAAAUUUUAGCUUUCAAGAUUCCCUAGUCCAACACAGGUUGACAACUAAAUUCUAUUAACUAGAAUUUAGCAAGUUCUUGCCAAACUUGUCUCAGGAGCUAGCUAUGCAGAUGAAACAACUGCUGAUAAUUUGCACGCAGAUUUGUUUAAAACAGCUGGCUUCCCGUCGUAUCUAAAACAGCGGUUUCCAUAGACAAUGUACCUGUUAUUCCGACUGGGUGAUUGAAAUCGAUGAAUGAUUCAAUAUUAAUGGAAAAUUUUGCUAUUACCAAUACUUGAAUAGAAGUGGCUGGUAAUAUUUUGGCCUAAAGGAUUUUAAAGAGCGUUGAAAGAUUUGAGAUUUGAUGUCAAAUAUUGAGGUAGCAGAAUUGAAAGAGAAAUGCAACUGGCUGUCCUUGUAGCUCUGCUUUCUGCAAUAGCAAAUAUUGCUCUUGCCUUUGGUAUCAAAGAAGCAAGUGAAUAUCAUACCGAUGCGAGUGCUGCUACAGUUUUGAGAAGGCUGCUAAAAAAUUACGAUAGAAGGCUGAGGCCAGAUCUGACAGGUCCUCCAAUAACGGUUCGCAUUGACCUUUCCAUUGUUUCCUUUGGUCACAUAGAAGAAGUCAGGAUGAUCUUCCCAUGCGAGCUAUUUUUCAGACAAAGAUGGAAUGAUGCACGCUUGAAGCAUAACUUAAGCCAGCCUCUUACUCUCAUGGCUGGCAGAAAACAUGUCUCAGAUAUCAUAUGGGUUCCUGAUACUGUCUUUGUCAACUCGAUCGACUCUAAAAUGCAUGACGUCACAGUUAGAAACGAUAAAAUUGACAUAUACCCAAAUGGAGAUGUCUUCUGGGGCACUAGGAUUAGUGUAAGAGCAUCGUGUCGCCUAGACUUGAAAAGCUACCCAAUGGACACUCAAAGAUGCAGCAUUAGCAUGAAAAGUUAUGCAUAUCCUUCGGACGACAUCGUUUACCGAUGGCACAAUAAGCCAGGGAUCAAGAUUCUCGAUCCGGAGACGCCUCAGUAUGACCUACUAGAUUAUAGAACCGAGGCAACCUUCGAUUCAACUGAUACCGGCAACUACUCCAUCUUAAGUACAAUGUUUACUUUCAAACGACGCACUGGAUAUGCAGUACUUCAAAUCUAUAUUCCUACGAUAGCCAUCGUUUGUGUGUCUUGGAUAUCGUUAUGGAUUGAUCAAGACUCGGCCACCCCUAGAAUACUUUUAUGCAUUACAACAUUGCUGACGCUGUCUACGAUUUGUGCUUCCGUGAAUUCAACGUUGCCAAGGGUUUCCUACAUAAAGGCAGUUGAUCUGUUCCUUUUGGUAUCCUUUUGCUUCGUAUUCUUCACACUGGUGCAGUACAUACUUGUGUUAAAUUUGUCAGCAAGGGCAAAAGCAAAACGUAAAGCCGAGGCAUGUAGAGAAAGAGAAAAAAAUUCAAAUGAGAAGGUUGCAUUAAAUGAUGAAACAAUAAACAAAAAUAAUGAAAUAAAAGAAGAAUCCGAGAAAAAUGUCCACUGCCCAGGCUCCAAGGCUUACGACAACCUUAGGCAGAGAGUCAAAUUUUCAAAGGAAGCAAAAAGACAAAAUUGUUUCAUAUUUAAGAAAGUCAAAGGUCCCGAGACAUCAAAUCUGGAUAAAAUAGGGCGAGUCGUGUUUCCAUUUGGCUAUAUCAUGUUCAAUAUGUAUUACUGGAUAGAAUAUCUCGGAAGCAACGAGCUGAAGAAAUUUCCCCAUUGAUUGAUCUGGUGCUGGUAUCUGAUUACAGGCAAUUGGCUUGCGAUACAUGGUCUAUAAGAGAUUCGAGACAUGAAUAGAAAUGACCCUGAAACAUAAUAAGAAAGAGAAAGGACAUGAAACAGAAGGGACGAUGCUUUAUCAGAAAGGAACCUAAUCUCAUGAGUUUUAGGUUUGCCAAAACGUAUUUCAAUUCUUUAGAAAAAGCUGUUAGAGAAUCCCACUGGACCAAGGAACUGGAAAAAUUUAUCUCUUCCAAAAGAGUGCUCGUUCCCAAGGGGUACAUCGCACACUGACGAUUUACAAUUAUUCAUAAACUCAGUUCAACUGUUAAUGAUGAUGACUAAAUUAAAUUAGUCAGAGAUAAUUUCAAGAGGGGCUUCUGAGCUUUAACUAAUUCGCUUGAGAUUGUUAUUAUUUGUAAUUGUCACUUGUGCCACGCUUCCUUGCGUUUUCGGCAAUGUGGGGCGGGGAGUCUUUCGGCCUCCUGAGGAUUUGGUUUGUAAAACUAGGGUAAGAUGUGUGUUUCGUGCCGCUUUCAUUCCCUUGGUUAAUCUAGGGGUAUUUAAGGUUUUGGCAUAGCGUGGGUCUCCUCUUGCUUAGUGAAGCCUCAAUACAAGUAUGCUGUUCUUUUUACCG